AGAACGGGGGUGGGGUAGGAAAGUACGAAAGAGAGGCCUGGAACAGAGGUGGAGAAGGGGAGUUGGGGCGACGUUGCUAAGGAGAUGGGGUGGGUGUAGGAAAGGGUGCCUGGAGGAAGGGGAGGCCAGGCGGCGGUCGGGGUGCGAGGGGAGGGUUCUGGGAGAUGGGGAGGGGAAAAGGGGGUGAUUAGAAACAUAAGUAGAGUAAAGACGGAUGUAGGCAAAUGGGGUGAGUGGCUGGGGGAACUGGAGAAGAGAAAGGGGAGUGGAGACUGGCGGGGUCGCGGGGGGAAUCUAAGCAGCAGGGGGAUAGGGAGCUGAGAGGGGGGCGCAGAAGCCAGUAAGGCCAAGGGUGGCAGGGCCGCGGGGAGCUUGCGUAGCAGGGCAGGGCGGGAACCGAUGUUUCCGCGGCCGCCCCCACCGGCUCCGGUGCGUCGGCGGCUCGGACAUUAAGGGAGAUGGAUGGGCGCGGGGGAGACACAGCGCGCGGGGCCCCGGGCUGCCCAUGGCUCCGCCGCCGCCCCCGCAGCGCAGGGGUCGGUCGCGGCGGGGGUCCGGCCGCAGAUAUAGGGGCUGCGAGGAGGGCGGGGACAGGGACCGCGAGGGAGCAGCAUGAGCGGCGCAGACCCGAGCCACGCUGCGGGCGCGGGCCCCGACUCAAAGCCGGACCAGGUGGCGGUCGCCUCGGCCUACCAGCGCUUCGAGCCCCGCGCCUACCUCCGGAACAACUACGCGCCCCCUCGAGGGGACCUGAGCAGCCCGGACGGCGUAGGGCCUUGGAAGCUGCGCUGCCUGGCGCAGACCUUCGCCACAGGUGAGGUAUCUGGACACACCCUCAUUGACAUCGGCUCAGGCCCCACCAUAUACCAGCUGCUCAGUGCCUGUGCCCACUUUGAGGACAUCACCAUGACCGAUUUCCUAGAGGUGAACCGCAAGGAGCUGGGGCUCUGGCUGCGGGAGGAGCCAGAGGCCUUCAACUGGAGCGUGUACAGCCAGCACGUCUGUCUCAUUGAAGGCAAGGGUGAGUCCUGGCAGGAGAAGGAGUGCCAGCUUCGAGCCAAGGUGAAGCGGGUCUUGCCCGUCGAUGUGCACCAGUCCCAGCCCCUGGGUGCUGGGAGCCUGGUGCCCCUGCCUGCUGAUGCCCUGGUCUCUGCCUUCUGUCUGGAGGCUGUGAGCCCAGACCUGGCUAGCUUCCAGCGGGCCCUGGCUCACAUCACCACUCUGCUGAGGCCUGGGGGGCACCUCCUCCUCAUCGGGGCCCUGGAGGAGUCAUGGUACCUGGCUGGGGAGGCCAGACUGGCGGUGGUCCCAGUGCGUGAGGAGGAGGUGAGAGAGGCCCUCCUGCACAGCAGCUAUGAGGUACGGGACCUGCGCACCUACGUCAUGCCUGCCCACCUGCGGACGGGUGUGGAUGAUGUCAAGGGCAUCUUCUUUGCCUGGGCCCAGAAGGUGGGAGCGUAAGAGGCCCAGUGCCCCCAGUGCUGUGGUGGCCCCACCCACCCAGGUUAACUGCUAUCUAAGGUGGCACCUAAUAAAGAAAAGAGCCUCUGCCACUGGGUGUCAGUGCUGUCUGAACCAAGGGCCCAGAGAUCUCUUUUGUGAAUGUGGGGAUGUAGGAGGCACCAAAAACCCCUAGCCUCUCUUCCAGAAGUUACCAUGAGGGUAGGUCUCUGUACCACCCAUCCUUCCCAAGAUAAGGAAGACCUAAGGCCAGGCCAUAUAUAUUGAACACUUACUGUAUGCCUGGCACUAGAUAUCAUUCAGCCCUCACACUCAGAGGUUGGUCCUGUUGUCUUGUAUCCAGGUGAAGCUCAGAGAGGUCAAGUAACAAAUAGAGUCUCAUUCAGAUCAGAAGUCUCAAAUGAUCUUUCUAUGAUGUCUCCUACUUGGAGGGACGGAGGACAAUGGCGAUAACUUGGAGACUGAAGUGAAACUUGUAUGGGGUGGGGGGAGGCUAUACAACUGAGGCACAAACAAGGGCCCAGGGAAGCAGGAGGGAAAGAAUUGGCACCUGGCUCCCUCUUCUCCCUCCUCCAUGAGCUGGACUUGAGCUCUGCCGAGCCCUGCAUUCUGGCCCCUGCCAUCCCCACCUCCACAUGCCUACAAAGAGGCCCCACCUCUGUCCUCUGCCCCUUUCCAGCCAGCUCUGGGUCCUCCUCACCA